GUUCAACGUCACGGUUCACAUCGGAUCGCAUGCAUCGUGUCAUGCGAUGGCAACCAAUCGAAGGCAACACAAUAUUUCAUCACAAAAAGUUAGUUUUCUUGUUGGGUUCUUGUGUUUGAGCUCGGGUGCUUGAUUCAUCCUCGCUCGACCAAUUCAUCAACAAACGAAAUCUGGGAGCCCUUUCACGGACCAAAACCAUGAACAGAGUGGUCCUCCUUGCGUCGAGAGCUCCGCGGGGUACGACCAUCCCGCUGCAAACCAAAUCCCCCGCCCUGCUCCGAACAAACACUUUCCGGUCGGCAGGAGCGAUCGACCCGGCAGCAACGAUUCCGGCGGCGAGGGGUCGUUCGAUCGCGACAGCUAGCAAUCCCGCAGAAGAAAGCGGUACUGGCGAGAGACGCAGCAUAAGCAUGAAAACCCAUCCCCCGUUUGGAUCGGCACCAGGGCCGAGGGCAGUCGGGUUCCCACCGGCGAUAGCCUUCCGUCGACAAGACGCCCUCCACGACCAGCAACGCCGCUUCUUUUCUUCCCCUCCUCCGGGGGCCGGCCAGAGCCUCGGAAGCAUCUUCGGGACCGAUCCAUCGGGAGGUUCGUACCUGGAGGACUUCACCAUCGAUCUGACCGAAAUCGCCAGGGGUGGGAAGAAACAGGGAGGCGCCGAUUCCCCCGGCGGGAACGGAAGCGGUGGCAACACGAAAAUGGAUCCCAUCAUCGGCCGGCACGAAGAAAUCGGGCGCUGCCUACAGAUACUGGCCCGGCGCACAAAGAGCAACCCGAUUCUCAUCGGGCAGGCGGGGGUGGGCAAGACGGCCGUCGCGGAGGGCCUCGCCCAGCGCAUCGUGGGGGGCCAGGUGCCGGAAUCCAUGAAGCACAAGCGGGUCCUGAGCCUGGACGUGACCGGCCUGGUGUCGGGUGCCUACAUGAGGGGACAGUUCGAGGAACGCCUCAGGGGCAUCCUCAAAGAAGUGACCGAGUCGGACGGAAGCGUCAUCUUGUUCGUAGACGAAAUCCACCUGAUCGGAACGGCCGGAAAGGGAGAAGGCUCGGUGGACAUGGGAAACAUGCUCAAGCCGGCCCUGGCGCGGGGUGAUUUGCAGCUAAUCGGUGCCACGACCCUCGACGAGUACCGCAUCCUGGAAAAGGAUCCGGCGCUGGCCAGGCGGUUUCAGGCCGUCUACGUCGACGAACCUUCCGUGGAAGACACCUUGUCGAUUCUGCGGGGCCUCAAGCCCCACUACGAGCUGCACCACGCCGGCAUCCGAAUCAAGGACGAGGCCCUCGUCGCGGCGGCCGAGAUGAGCGACCGGUACAUCACCGAUCGGUUCCAGCCCGACAAAUCCAUCGAUCUCGUGGACGAAGCCUGCAGCCAGCUCCGACUGGAACAGGAAUCCAAGCCAGAGGUCUUGUGGAAGGUCGAGCGGGACCUCAUGACGAAGCAGAUCGAAAUGAGUGCAUUGCAGGGAGAAGACGACAAGAAUUCCAUCAAGCGCAGAGAGACGGUAGCCUCGGAGGUAGAGGAAUUGAAGCAGCGAGCCCAAAAGCUCACCGAAAUGUGGCAGGAGGAGCGAAAUUCCCUCACGCGCGUCAAGGAUCUCAAGCAGGAACUGGCAGAAGCCCAGCAGGAAAUGGAAAUUGCGCGAUCCAAGGGGGACUUUGCCAGAGCCGGGGAACUCCUGCAUUCAAAAAUUCCGCAUUUGAAGCACGAAUUGGAAGAAACGGAGAAGGAGGAAGACGAUGCGUCAGCCACGCAAGGCAGCCGCCUCUUGAAUGAUUCUGUCGAUGCAAGUGCCAUUGCCGCAAUAGUUGCUCGAUCUACUGGGAUUCCGGUAUCCAAAAUUACGGGAACAGAGUCCCGGAAGCUGCUUGACAUGGAGGACAAAUUGCGACAGCGUGUGAUCGGCCAGGAUCAUGCACUGCAAGCGGUGUCCAAUUGCGUGCGAUUGUCGCGCACGGGGUUGCAGGCACGGGACCGGACCCUCGGAAACUUUUUGUUUGCCGGACCGAGUGGGGUUGGAAAGACGGAACUGUGCAAAGCACUGGCAGAGUUCCUCUUUGAUGACCAAAACGCAAUGACUCGCAUCGACAUGUCGGAGUUUGGUGAAAAACAUACCGUCUCUCGAUUGAUCGGAUCUCCACCCGGAUACGUUGGAUACGAAAAAGGCGGAGUUCUUACCGAAGCAGUCCGCAGACGUCCAUACCAGAUUCUUCUGCUCGACGAGUUCGAGAAGUCGCACCCGGACGUGUGGAAUCUACUGCUGCAACUGUUCGACGACGGUAGACUGACCGACUCUCAUGGCCGUGAGGUUGACUUUUCGAAUGUGAUCGUUGUCAUGACCUCAAACAUGGGAGCCCACGUCAUAUCAGAAUUGCCGAGCCAUCUGAAGGGAAACGAACCAGAGGUCAAGGAAUCCAUAAUGAACGUCGUCCGCAACACUUUGAGCCCAGAGUUGCUGAAUCGCAUCGAUGAAACAGUGAUCUUCAACCGUCUUCAACGCGAACAAAUGGGUCAGAUCGCCGGGAUUCACCUCGAGGACAUCGCGACGCGUUUGGAGGAAAACCAUGGCAUGGCAUUGAAAGUUAGCAAAUCUGCUCAAGCUUGCAUCGAAGAGCACGGUUUUGACAUUCGAUACGGUGCGCGCCCGCUAAAACGAGCAAUCACAAAAGAUAUAUUGAAUCCAUUGAGUAAAGCCAUUCUUGGAGGCGAGAUUCGUGAUGCGGAUCUUGUUCGUGUUGUGACCCGUGGAGAGGCCAUCAAUCUCCAGAACGAAGAACGCCAUCUUGGAUGGGUGACAGGUGCUGACCCCAGAUCCACGGAUAGAAACGACGUUGUUCUUCUGAAGAAUCACGAGGCUUACACGGACGACGAUAUUUCUGGUUCUGGAAAAGUGUCCGGGGAAGAUGAUGACUACUAUAGCGACGAGUGGAGAGCCUGAUCAAUAAGCACAAAUAAAUACACAGUAAUGUUAAAUAAUGUAUGAUGCCCAUU